GAGCAGCAAACGCCACGUCGUGUGCCAUGAAGCCAUGAGAAUAUCCUCUUCCGUAGCUUCUUCUUCUUCUGCAUAUUUCCUGAAAGCCUCUUACUCUCAUUGUUUUCGGAAGCAAUUCAGAGCUUCUUUAGCUACCAACAAAACCUCGGAUCAAUCCACCAUGGAGAAACACUCACAAGGUAAUCAGAUAGAUGAAGUGUGUUCCAAGGAAGCAUGCGACUUCAAGUCAAGAAAACACAAUUCUGAUGCUAUCAUUCCUCACAUUCUGCACCUUUAUGGAUCUUGUGCAACACCUCAGGACUUUGAAAUCUACGCUCACAAUGCUUCUUUUGAGGAUCCACUCAUGUGUGCUAAUGGGAUGAAGCAGAUAAAAUCAGCAUUCUACUCACUUUCCAAGGUCUUUAGUGAAUCAAGAAUUGUGGAGUAUAGCAUCAAAGAAAAUGUAAUUUCUCCAGGAAAGCAAGAGAUAUUAAUUGACAACAAGCAACACUACAAGUUCUUGGGGAAAGAGAUAGAUAUUAUAUCACUCAUCAAGUUGCAUGUUGUUGAUGGGAAAGUUGUUCGCCAUGAAGAUUGGUGGGACAAGAAGCCUAUUUGGAAUAGGGAGACCUCAAAGCUGCCACUUGUUGGUCGAAUUGCAGAAGUGACUCGCAAGGGUUCAAUGCUGGCAACUCAUGCAAUUAUGAGGUUUGGGAAGGAUCCAACCAAUUAAACUCACUUUUGAAACCAAAAACAAUGGACUAUGAUCUGCUCCUGCUUAUGCAAAUGGGUUGUGGUUGUUGGUUCUUGCUGAUACUUCUCUACACGCCAAUUCAUUGUGCAUGUGGUUUGCGGAUUAGGAUAGGUAUGCAGGCUUUAAUCAAACAUAGUUUAAUUAUAUCUGCUUGAUGACAGAUUAGCUUGUGAGUAAUUGAACACUUGAGGGUGUUCACUCAUUCGCCACCAAGCUUUCCUUUUUAUUACAGUUUGCUGUGUAUAGGAAUUUGUUAAUUUUUGAAAAAGAAUAAAUAACUCUGUACCCUCACAAGGCACAUUGAAACUAUGCAAUAAUAAAUCUAUAGUUAUCUGUUA